UACGUUAUGAACAGUGGUACAUGCCUUCUCUCCACUGGUUGAUGUAAUUAUGGCCAAACCCAAAGAAAAGAGGAAACAGGAUGUGUAAUGUAAUGAAGUCUGUGGAGAGGCUUUAAGAACUCAGAUAUUUCUGAGUAGCUGUAGUUGUUGGAUUUUCCGAACAGACAAAGCUUCACCUAACGCUCGGCAAUCUGCAUAUAUGAUGUCUGUGAGGUGUUACGUUAUCUCUGUCUGAAGUAAUCAGGAAGUGAUGGUAACGGCAAAAAUACUUGUACUGUUCAUUCACAGUUUGCAAUAAAGCUAGAAAAAGUAAACUGACUUCUACAAAAGAUUUUCUACAUAUAUAUGCUGAUUUGUUGGACUUAAACAGAAAGACAUUUACGUGCAAAUGAGCAGAGAAUUUACCACAUCCUCCCUAAAUUUUUAAGAGUUGAGUACAUUGCUCACGUACAAAUUGUGCAAAAAUGGAAAGUGCAAAUCACAGCACCUGUGUGAUCAACGACAACAUGGUACCCUUCGCCACACUUUAUAUCCUCAUCUUCCUCAUUGGCAUUGCCACCAGCCUGGUGGCACUAUGGGCCUUCAUCACCAGCAAAAGUGCAAAAAAGUGCAUCAACGUUUACCUGAUCAACCUUCUGCUGUCAGACUUUCUGCUCAUGAUGGCUCUUCCAGUUAAAAUCGCAAACGAUCUGGGCACAGAGUCUCAGAGUUUGAUGGUCUUCCAAUGCCAGGUGACCGGGCCACUCAUCUACAUCAACUUGUACGCUUCGAUCAUCUUUCUUUCAUUUAUCAGCGUUCAACGAUAUCUACAAAUAACCCGGAGCUCAAAACUUCUCCGAUUGCAGGAGGUAGGCUUUGCUGUGCUGAUGUCAGCAGUUGUCUGGUUCCUCAUCCUCUUCAUAAAUGUGCCCAACAUGGCCAUCCCUAUAAAUAACAUAACAAUGAAACAAGGGGUAACCUGUUCUGACUUUAAAACUGAAAUGGCUAAGCACUGGCACGCACUGUCUGUCUUUCUGGGCAUGGCUAUCUUCUUUAAUGCCUCUGCAGCUGUGCUUUUGUCCAACGGUCUGGUCUUGAAGCAGCUCUGGCGUAGACGUGAAACUGACCCAGAGGACCAAGCGAGCGCCCAGCAUGCCUUUAGAAAUAUUGCACUGGUGACUCUGGCUUACGUUAUAUGCUUUGUGCCAUACCAUGCGGUGCGGAUGCCGUACACGUUUACACAAGUCACAGAGUUAAUCACAGAUUGUGCCUUGAAAAAGCGUCUGUUCUUGGCCAAGGAGUCUACUCUGCUUCUCGCCAUUUUGCACCUGUGCUUUGAUCCCCUGUUGUAUUUCAUCAUCUGCCGUGCAUUUAGAAAACGGGUCACUAAGGUUUUCUUAAAGCAACUCAGCAUGUCAGAUGCCGAUACUCAAAUUCCAGAGUAAAUAUUCCAUCGGAGUAAAGGAGAGUAAAGGAGUUUUGGACCAAGUGUAACUGAGACAUCCUCCAGUAUUUUACUGUACAUGUGCUACGGUGCAAAAGAAAACACUGUCGCAUAAAACGACAACUAUAAGGACAAAACUGAAACUAGCUUAUAUGAGCAGGGUGGAAUUAAUUUGCCUGUCUAUCAGUCAUUGUUACAUCACAAAUUAAUAUUCAUAAGGACAGCUGAUUACAUUUAUAAUGCCUAUAAAGCCUUCUAACAUAAGACUAAAGAAGAUGAAAUGUGUAAAUUUGCUCAGAUCUGUUUGUAUGAUUAUUUAAUGUUGUGGCAUUUACUAUUUUAGUUAUGCAUGCAUUAAGCAUACGGUUGAUAAUGAAUUGUAUAAAUUGUUUGUAAUUUUCACAAUAAUGGCUAAUCGAAAAUUAAUAAAUGAUGUAUUUUAAAUUGUAAAUGCUUUAUUGUAAAUAAAGAUUGGACUAUAUAUUUUUUAAAUAUUGUUACCACGGUUAAUGUUAUUUGCAUUAAUUUCCCUUUGAUAAACUUUUUGAUGGAAUUUGGGUUGCUUGUUAUUCACCGAAAUUAGAAAGAAAAAGGCUACUUGUGCUUAUAAACAGUCAGAACAGUAUGUGAGUCAUUGUCUGUGGUGGUAUGACUGUCUGUCAAAAGGUCUUGAACACCCACUGGUUAUUAAUCAUCACCUUUCUGUCAGUGUGUCGGCUAAGCUAGGAAAUUAUUUGUUCGUCUCAUAACCGAAACAUUCCCAUGGUAAUUUUUUUUUAAAGCAGAUAGUACUGGGCUGGACUACUGGUGUUACGUUACUGUGCAACUGUGAUAACUGGAUUAAUCAAGUCAUGUUAUUUAAAAUUUCUUAUAUUCUUAAUGUCAUGUUAUAAGGUUAUUACAUAUUUUAAAAAUUAAAAUUUCUGUAAAAUGGUUUGAUAUUUAUUACAGAUGUCAUUUUAUUCAUGCAAUUAGCCAACAUAACCUAAUGGCCAUUCAUAUGUAUUUUAUGAGAUGGCUAAUUUUUAUAAAUUUGUACAACCAAAAAUUCCUAUAUUUCCUAUACAAUUUCACCCUGUGACAUUAGGUUUAGGGGUGGGGGUAGUGAUUAUUGUUUUUUUUCUUCUAACAAUUGUAUGUUUUUGCAUGAUUCACACAAAUUAGCCAA